AACUAUUCCAAUACAAGUUUCCCAGUAAAAUCAUCAAAGUAGAAAUAAAUUGAAACUUAUUUUUUAAAUAAUUGUAAGAUUUUUGUAAAUUUCUAAUAUGAAGUCCUUGAUAUUAUUUGGGAUUUUAGUUGUAUUGGGCGCAACUUUAAUUACUUCUGAUGCAAGUAUUCUUGAAAAAUUGGAGGAAGAAAGAGAAAAAAUAUCAAGUAAAUUAUCGAAUGCAAAAGAAGAAAUUGAAGAUAAAUUGCACAAUGAUCGUUUAAAAGCACGUGAAAAUAUUGAGGAACACAUUGACGAAAUUAAAGAAAAAUUACCUACUACUGAUAUUUUAAAAUCAGAUAAAAAAAAAUGCGCAUGUGAUGAUAUAAAAGAUUUUAUAAAAAAAAUAGCGGAUGAUUUAAAAUCAAUACCAGACAAAAUAGGAGAGAAAUUAAUUAAAUUUAUUGCUAAACGUCCCAAACUUUGGAAGCCUUUACAUGAUGCAAAACGUAAACUUAAGAAAAUCGGUGAACAUUUAAUUCAUGGUGCUAAAGAAUUAAAACAAAAUUUAGAAGAUUUAUUAAAAAAACAAGAAAUUAAAUUAGGCGAUAAACAACGUGAACUUCUUAAAAAAUUGAGCGACCAUCUGGGUAAACUUCAUAGUAAACUUGAUAAAAUCAAAGACAAAAUUAAGGAUUUGAUUGAAAAAGAUUUAAAAUUCAAAAAAAAACUUCUGGAGAAAGCUUCAAAGGCUUUAGAUCAUAUUUUUGAUAAUUUGAAAAAAGGUAUUGAUGGUUUAAAGAAUAAAUUAGAAGACGCAGAAAAGAAGGGUAAAAUUGAUUUGGAGAAAUUGAAAGGACUUUUGGAUAAAAUUAAAGGAAAAGGAAGUUCAAUAAAAGAUUUCAUUAAGAGAUUGUACAGUUGUGCCCAUGAUAAAUUACGCUCCAUUGGAUCAUCAAAAAGUAGCGAAUCCAGCGCUAGUUCAUCAUCUGAAUCCAGCGCUAGUUCAUCAUCUGAAGAAAGUAAUGAGGGAUCACAGUCCAGCGCUAGUUCAUCAUCUGAAGAAAGUAAUGAGGGAUCACAGUCCAGCUCUAGUUCAUCAUCUGAAGAAAAUAAUGAUAGUGAUGAAUCAGAGAUUACAAAUUCAGGUCUAAGUGGAUUAUCUAAAUCAAAACAUCAUAGACUAGGAUUUCUUGAUAAAAUCAAAAACGCUGCUAAAACUGUACGCAAUGAUCUUCAUUCGAUUCUUGAUGGUGAUUUAAGCCUUGGAAUUGAUGGUGGUUUAGACAUUGGAAAUACUAGAUAUGGUGGUGGAUUUAAAUUUGGAGGUAAUGGAGGUAUUGAUGGUGAUUCGGAUAGCGCAAACGCAGGAAUUGAUGCUGGACUUAGUGGAUAUGGAAGUGGUUUGAGCUUAGGAGCUGGCGGAGGAAUUGGUGCUAAUUUGAAUGGCGCAAGCUCUGGAGAAUAUGGAAGUGGUUUAAGCUUAGGAACUAGCGGAGGAAUUGGUGCUAAUUUAAAUGGCGCAAGCUCUGGAGGAUAUGGAAGUGGUUUAAGCUUGGGAACUGGUGGUGGAAUUAGUGCUAAAUUGGGCGCUGCAACUGGAGGAAUUAGAAGUAGACUUAAUGCAUUACUCGCUUGAUUAUAAAUGAUGUUGAUUUCAAGUUUCUAUAUAUUUAAAUUUUAUCUUUAUUACUAUUAUAUGUAUAUUCAUCAAUUAUAAUUUCAAAAUGUAAUAAACAAAUAAAUCGUUUAAAUAAAUAAAUGACAAUUUUUGUUUGAAUCAA